GAGAGGCCUCAAGAAGCCGUGUUCGUUCAGCAUCGAGGACAUCCUCUCCAGCCCAGCAGAGAAGAGCCCCCAGGUCCUGGUCCCGCUGUGCCUGCGGGGCAUCUUGGACUGCGCACCCAAGGGGCUGUGUGAGCUGGAGGCCAUCCCGGACAGCUCCCUGCAGGAAGAGGAGGAGGAGGAGGAAGAGCUGGAAGGGGCAGGCUGCAACUGCUGCUGCUGUUCUCACACGAGCACCCGUUCCCGGCAGGACUUGCCGAGUUGGCUGGACGCCCGGUUCCCCUGGCCCAUGCAGCUCUUCCACUCGGCAGUCAGGGUCUGCAAGAGUCCCCAGGGGAGCCCAAACAAGCUGCAGACUUUCCACCAGAUCCAGCGCCGGACGCGCCGGCAUCGCACCAUAUUCACUGAGGAUCAGCUGCAGGCCCUGGAGACGCUUUUCCAUCAGAACCAGUACCCGGAUGUCAUCACCCGCGAGCACCUGGCAAACCGUAUUCACUUGAAGGAGGAGAGGGUAGAGGUUUGGUUUAAAAAUCGGCGGGCCAAGUGGCGGCAUCAGAAGAGGGCGUCUGCUUCAGCGUUAAUCCUUCAAGGCACCAAGAAGCCCUCUGAGGAGAGCUGUUAG